AUGGGUGCUACCAAGCUGGUCGUGUCCGCUGCCCUCCUCGUCCUUCUAAGCAUAGGGCUGUCCAGCGCCAUUAGGGUAGUAAACCACGCCGCCACCGCCGAUGGUCAAGGCAGUGGGGGCGGAGGCGGCAGCGGGACCGGCACCAGCCAGGCCUCUGGCCACGGGUCCGGCCACGGGACGUCCGAGGCGUACGACAAGAACAGCUACGUCUACGGCUCCGGAGGAGCCCGCGGCGGCGGCAGCUGGGAAGGCAGAGAGGAGCCCGCGGCUGGUUACGGAACUGGCGGCGCAUCCGGCUCGGGCCACGGCGACUCGAGUAACACGGACACCGGCGGUUUGUCCACAAACGCGAAUGGCCAAGGCGGCGGUGCUGGUUCUGGAGGGAGCGCCGGGAAGGGCAGCGGCUCCGGCUCCGGCGACGGAAGCGGGUCAGGGAUAGCUGAUAGCUAUGGACCAGACGGUUCGAGCUACGCGAACAGCGGAGGGGGAGGAGGUGGCGACGCCGGCGGUAGCGACGAUGGGUUUGCCAGUGGUUCUGGAGGUGGAUCAGGGAACAGCAGCGGUGAAUCAACACCUUAA